CUCAGCUGGUCCCAUCAAACACCACCAGUUCGCAUCGCCGACACGAGCUCGCGGAGCUGCAGGGAGAAACGUCCCCUUUCAGACGCAACAUGACGCAGUUUUAGGAAACUUUUUUAUUUGUCCACGGAGAGCGGAAAUCUGUCAGGAGCAUUUUUUUUUUUUACUUCACCGAGCAGUUUUCACCUUUCCUCACUUCUUCCCGUCUCCGGUGUGAUGCCCGCCGGGAUGUUCAGCAUAGACAGCAUCCUGUCCGGACGGCCGAGCUGCAAGGAGCCGCUGCUGCUGCACCGGAGCGGCCCGGUGGUGCUGUCCGCCGGCCUCACGGACUCUAUCUACACCGACUACAACGGACUGUACUCGGCCACGUGUGGGCCCUCUCCUUCCGGGAUUCAGUCUGUGAACGGGACCAGGAUAGGAUAUAACGGCUACUACUACGGACAGCUUCAAGUCCAGGGCGCCGGAGGAGGGCCGCCGUGCUGCGGCUCUGUGCCCGGCCUCAGCCCGCAGCAGUGCCCUUGCAUCCCGGCAGCUUACGACAGCCCGGGCUCGGUGCUGAUCUCCCCGGUCCCCCAUCAGAUGAUGUCCUAUAUGAACAUGGGCAGCCUGUCGCGGACCGAGCUGCAGCUCCUCAACCAGCUGCACUGCCGCAGGAAGCGGAGGCACCGCACCAUCUUCACCGACGAGCAGCUGGAGGCUCUGGAGGGCCUCUUUCAGGAGACCAAGUACCCGGACGUCGGCACACGGGAGCAGCUGGCCCGCAAGGUGCACCUCCGGGAGGAGAAGGUCGAGGUUUGGUUCAAAAACAGACGCGCGAAGUGGAGGAGGCAGAAACGCUCUUCAUCAGAGGAAUCAGAAAACUCUCAGAAAUGGAACAAAUCCGCCAAAACGUCCGCGGAGAAAACGGAGGAGAGUAAAAGCGAGGUGGACUCGGACAGCUGAUAAUAAGACACGGCCCUGUGUGUGUGUGUGUGUGUGUUUGUGUGUGUGUGUGUGUGUGUGUGUGUGUGUGUAUGUGUGUGUGCACAUAUAGUGGAAAGUGAUGUGGACUCGACGACAUGCUGGUGGUGGUGAUGAAACGUGUUGCCAUGUUGCACAGUUGUACAUAUCGACAUUUUAUGAUUGAGUCUGUGUCCGCUAUUUAUAUUUAAUUUAAGUUUUUUUUGGGGGGACGUUUGACUGACGCGUCUGAAUAUAUCGUAAUGUUAUAUGCGACAUUUUGAUGAAUAUUAAAUGUUGUAAUUCUGGUAAAAAAAUGUUUUCCGUUGUAACAUUUUAUAUUGCGCGCGGCCGAUGUAAAAACAUCCAUCACCACGGAGCUGUUAGGAGGAAAACACCGAUGUUGUGUCAUUUUAUUUUGAAAAAGAUACUUAAAACGACUAUAGGCCUACAUUAAAAUAUAAAUGAAACAUCAUAAACACGGUGUCUGAUUUUAUUGUUUCUUCUAGGUUUUAUUUAAAAUAGGAUCUGACAUCUCAGUCAGCAGUAGGAUGUGUGUGUGUAGGUGUGUGUGUGUGUGUGUGGAGGCAUUAAAAAAAAAAUCCAAAUCCAAUGAAUGCACAUUACUGUGAGCACCCUGCAUAUUUAUGAUAUAGAAAGUUUCUGAUUGGGACCUUUAAUUGAAACAUUAGACUUUGACGACAGCAGAUCAGUUUUCAAAAUAAAAUUCAAAUAUUCAUAUUAGAGCUGCAGCUAUGAUCAGUGCUGCAGCUGUGCAUCAUUUCCUUUGUAGUUUUUAUAUUGACUCUGUGAUUGUUAUAUUAUCCUAAAGCUGAGACUGCUGGGUAUUUAAUGUAUAUUUCAAUGUAACUCUUAGGCCCCAGUUGAUGAGAAUAUUAUUCUGUCAGUGUGAAACACAGCAGAGGAUUUUAGUGUUGAGAAAUUCAAUUUACAGAAAAUGUAACUGAAUAUUUAACUGGAUAAAUAAAAUCCAAACUCUUUGUCUGGUUGAAUUUUGGAGGCUUGUGAUUGGACGACCUGGACUCAGUAUUUCUAAAACUCUGGCUGCAGCUCUGUGAUUAUUGAUUACUACUUUAGUGACGUCUGCUUCUAUAUUCUUAAACUCAUCCAGAACAGGGAGUUAAAAGCAGCGAAUCACACGGUGCAGAAGCCGAUUUGGUUU